AUGGACCUUUCUAUAGCAGAAACUCCACAUGUUUCAGCUCAGGUUGAUUCUGCUGUCUCAAUUUCUUCUGCUGUUCCACUGUGUGAUAAAACAGCAACUGGUGACUCUGCCUUGAGAUCUAUAAUAGAAGAAAAUGCAUUUCAAGCUUUGAAUGAUGGACCCUGGGUAAAAAGACCACGUCUUCUCUGUGAUGAUAGUUCCACUGAAGACAAUGAUUUUUUAUCCCUCACCUUUCCAAAGAAACUAUGGAAAAUUGUUGAAAGUGAUCAAUUUAAGUCACUUUGGUGGGAUGAUGAUGGAAAUUGUGUAGUGAUUGAUGAAGAGCUCUUUAAAAAGGAGGUGCUGGAAAGGAGAGGACCUCUGCGAAUUUUUGAAACUGAUUGCAUGAAAAGUUUCAUUCGUCAGCUUAAUCUCUAUGGCUUUAGCAAAAUGCGACAAGAUUUUCAAAGGUCUGCCUCGUUAGCUGAAUUUCUAGCAGAAGAAAAAGCAGCAUCUGCCUUUAGCAAGUUACAGUUCUACCAUAACCCGAAUUUUAAGAGAGGCUCUCCCCACCUCCUUGUAAGGUGUAAGAGAAGAGUUGGCAUCAAAAAUACACCACCAGUUGCUUUCUCAUUAGAUGAGGAAUUUAGUGAAAACUGCCUAAAGAGUGAGCGAAGAAGCUCAGAUGUUCAGUCUGCCUUCAGAACUGCUUCCAUGGAGGAAAAUGACCUUGUUGCAACUGCUCCAAAGGAAAACAUGCAAACAUGUGCACUAAGAAAGCCUACAGUAAAUAAGGGACUUGCCAGAGCAACUGCCCGAAUCAGAAGUGGAUAUGUUUCUUCACCAGCAGCUUCACUGAAGCCAUCGGAACAUGCGACAGCAGAAGACAGUGAGAAGCUGAAUCAGCUGGCUCCAUUUCAUUUACCCCAAAAUAACAGCCAUACUCGAGUCAGCACUCAUGAUAUAGAUUCCACUACAACUACAUCCGCGACUUCUUUGUAUCAUGUCAUACCUCCUGUAUCAAAUAGUCCUUUUGGACCUGUGAUGGGGCUUCCUACCUUCCCAACCAUGUAUCCAGACUUAUCAGCUAUGCAGGCUCAUUGGGCUAGUUUGCUGCCAUUUUGUAACCCGUGGUUCUCAAUGCCUAUGAUUGCAGCAGCCUCUGCCAUUUCAAUGUCAAGAUCAUCUCAUCACCGAACUCCAUCAUACCAUCACUGCCCUAAUUGCAACUGCACUUCAAACAAUGCACCUGCUGCCAAAGACGUUGGACCAAAGCCUACUGAAUAUUCAGGAUACCAUCGAUAAAGCAAAGGACUUUAACAUUUCAUAUUCUGAGGGGAAAGUCACUGACAAAUCUGCAAUGAAACUGUCUGAAGAAUAAAUGUCUUUUUCCAGUUUUCCUGUCCUAUUUAUAUUAAAUAAACCCAGACUUUUUUUUAUUUUCAGCAGGGAAGAAUUAGUUCAGUAGAAGUAAUUGGUCAGCUUUAAUCACUUGUAGUAGUUAACAAAUUUAGGGAUCGAGAAUAAGAGCAGUGUAAUGUUUGAAUUACAUUUGGGCUGGUCAAGUUCCUUCCAAAGAUAACUUCUGCUCCCUCCUUUCCCCGCACCCCUCCCCACCACCACUUCUUUGUCUCCGCAGACUGAAGGGCUGUGGUGGAGCCAAGCUAGGGGAGGUAAUGCAGGAGGACUGAGCCUCUUUUCUGUUCUAGAGGUGAUAUGUGCAGCAUGCAGCUCUGUGCCUGAGGAAUAUAUUUCUGCCAGGCCAUUUACUAAGGCUUGGUUUGCAGAGCAGGGUUUGACCUAAGUGUUUAAACAAAAUAUCUAUCACGUGAUAACCUUCCUACUCACACGGUACAGUGAUCUUCACCUUUUAGGAUAGCAGGUUUGUAACACAUGCUGAGGUGGAUGACCCACCGUGAUUCAUGUUAGCGUCAUAAGAAAUAAGAUUACAAAUUAAUGGUAAGCACAUAUUACUACAGUAAAAGAUCUCCUAAGUCAGGUCUAGGAUAAGAGAUCUAUAAAAUCAACAGACCAAAAUGAAAAGAGAUUGGUUUCAUUUUCAGCAAGAUGCAGGUUAGGGUUUAUUAAAAAGGAGAAAGGGAGGAGGGGGCAAGAUUUAGGAAUUACUUUACCAUCUUGGAUCCCUUUCACUCAGAUAAUUUUGAAAGGAUGCUGCAAUCCAGGGUUACUUUGAUGAUAAACUUUGAAGUUAAAUAUUUCAAGUUCCAAAAAAUGUGAAUUUCUUUGUUCUUGGUGCGGCUAUGAGCUACCAGAUGGUGGUAAUUAGGGUCCUGCAUACAUUGUGACACAGGGAUAGAGCCUGUGCCCAGUGAAGUCAGCAGUAAAGCUUCCAUUUAAUUCAGUGGUGGAGGAUUGGGCCACAACUGAUGUGAGAGAGGAAACAAAAUACAGGACAGUAGGAAUAUUUAUUAAAUGAUAUAUUUUACAAAGUAGAGUGGAAUGAUUAUUUCAGCUUAGGGUUAGUAGUUCUCUUCACUACCAUGUGGAAAGUAGGAUUUAGGUUGGAUACGCAUUGAAUUGCUUAACAAUGAUCCUUCUGCACAAUUAACAUGACACAUUGAAUUAAAAUGAUUCUUUUCCUAGAUCUACUUGAGGGUUUUCUACAGCACCCAUCCCCCUGGUGUUCAAGCACGUCUUAAACGUUUAUUAAAACUUACAUCAACUCCAAUUCAUCUGGAGCUAAAGUAUGAAGUCCUUUCUGAGACACAAAUAUACUGGUUUCUGUAGGAGCACUGCCUACAGUAGAUGUGCAGGAUUGUAUCCCUGGACGUGCAAUGAAGAGCAAUGCCUACUAGUUGUAAAAUUUAAUAAAUAUUCUAUGACUGAAGUCUUCAGUGUUUUGAAGAGCAGAUACAAACUGGAUAAAAUGUGCCAUUAAUAGUGUAUCAGUACCCCACUGUGCACCGUUCUGCAUAUUUAGCUUCAUGGAAGUCUGCUGCAGUCAGCUCCCAAUAUUUACAUCUUAUAUUCAAUAAAAUGACAAACUACCCUGAAAUUCAGAAGUGUGAAAUGUAUUGCAAUUUUAUAAAGAAUUGAAAAAUCAAAGAAUAAAUGGAGUGGUUCAUUAAAUCCUAAAUCAAACAGCUUCCAGUCACAGACCGGUGCCUGCUAGGAUUACUACUGUAAGACUCCUCUUCAGGAGGCACUGUAAGCAUUGCACAUAUGCAAUCCACAUAGUCUUUAGAAGUGCAGUUAUUGGCUGGGACUUUUGUACAGCACUUAGCUAAGUAAAUCUUUUUCAAAGCCUUUCUCUUUCUGUUUUUUUCCCCAAAACAUAAAAUCCGUUCUCAGGUAUGAGGUGGUUCAUCCUAAAAAGUUCUUCUGCCCUGUGGAUUAGACCUCAGAAGGUGCAGCUGAAUUGGUGUUUUUACUAGCUGGAUAAGGCUACAUCAUAUGGCAGUA